GAUCAACCAAGUUUGUGGUUGGAGGUAUUGGAGACCACAUCCCCAGUGGUUGAUGGGAUUCUGUGUGAACGUGAGGCCUGUGUGAGGGGUACCCUUUGUGAGCUUGAAAUUAAGAGUUGGAUAGAUAGAUCGAGUUUUGAUGAGGGAAAAUGACACGAUGUUGCUAUAUAUAUAUAUAUAUUAGAUGGAGUGAGUUUUUAGGGAUUGUGGAGCAAAGGUUGCUUGAUGGCAGUUUAGAUUGCAGCUUUCAACAAUAUACUAUUGCUAAGUAACUAUAACACAUAAUAACAGUUCAUUUUUUCUGGGGCAGUUGGGCGGGACAGCUGGGCUUGAUUGAUAGGGCCGGGGGUAGGUUUCUGCCAAGAAAACGAAUUAGAGGGAUGCCAAUGUGGAAAUUCAGGUUAUUUUAACGUAUAGUUUAUUGUUGGAGGCUCGAGCUGGCCUUGAUUAAAAAGUGGAGGUUCCUUCAUCCUAUGUGUGCAUGAGGAAAAUACACGUCCUUUCAACUGAGCUGGGCACAUCUUCAGGUUUGGUGGGCCAUGCACGUCCUGGAAUGCUGCUUCAAGCUCCCUGAUCCAUUCCUGACACCAUGCGUCGCUCCACAGCUCAGACUCGCCCCACGUCAUCCAAGCAGCUUGGGCCCCCCCGGUCCGCUCUUCGGCCUCCCGGAGCGCGGCGUCGGGGCGAGACCGAGGUGACGGUGUUCGAGCUGGUACCGCAUCCGUGGUGUGACCUACGACUGGGAGACGUGGUCAUGAUCUCCCCAGAGGGCGCACUGGAGUGCGGAUGGUGGGUUGGACUACUUUUCGCUGUGAAUCCGGAACACUUCGUCGUGAGGGUGCUCCUGCCCCACGGUGGGAUUCAGAGCUUCAAGCCAGGGCAUUUGCGUGUGGCAGACAUGGACUCUGAGGAAGAGUACCAGGCUGCUGGUCAAGAGGGACAUGAAGAUGAGAACGAGGAUGACACUGCAACAGAGGCUCCGAAAGAUGAGCUUGCCGGGGAAGAAAACUCGGAGGCGGAGGAGGCCGAUGAAUCGGAGCCUUCCAUGUCGAGUGGAGGCUCCUCAUCGUCCACAGCACGGCCGGAGAUCUUGGCCUUCGACACCUUCGACGAGGACUUGGAGCCAAGUGAUCACCACUUCGUGGACCGCACUCCACCCCCUCCCAAGGCACUGAUGAGAGCAGUCAGGCGGGAGCUCUCUGCCCUUCGCACGGGCCUACUGGAUGGAGGUGAAGGAGUCGUGGCACCCAUCAUGGUGCGAACCUAUGCCUCCCGAAGCGACCUCUUCCGUGCAAUGGUUGUCGGACCUCCUUCGACGCCAUAUGCUGACGUGCCCUUCUUUUUCGACCUGGCUAUGUCUCCACAGUAUCCGGCAGAGCCUCCUUUAGUGCACUACCUUGCGCACUUUGUCAAUAGCAGCGAACGGUUGAAUCCCAACCUCUACCGAGACGGCAAGGUCUGUUUGAGCUUGCUGGGGACAUGGGCAGGUCCUGGUUGGGAUCCAAGCAAGUCCACACUCUUGCAGGUCUUGGUAUCCUUGCAGGGCCUCGUUCUGGUAGAGGACCCCUAUUUCAACGAGCCGGGCCAUGGGGAUGCCCGGACCGACCACGGACACCAGGCUGCAGCCCUGUACAAUGAAAAUGCGCGUUUGCUCUCUCUCCGCGCGGCUUUGAACACUGCGCAGCAACCGCCCAAGGGAUUUGAAGAGGUGGUGGCUGCCCACUUCGCCGAGAAAGGCCCGAAGCUCUUGGCCGAGUGCGAAGAGGCAGCCACGGGAUCUCACAGUGAAGGCUUUCGCCAGGUCUUGUCAAGAUCCAUCCUUCCGCAGCUGCGGGAAGUAUGGGGAAGUCAAUCUUGGAAUCAUGGCUUUCCUCUGCCACCCCGCCGGCCCCCCCCCCUCCCAAAGUAUGAAAGCUAGGUGAGUUUGGAUCCGUGAGUCCUUAGUGAGUGUGUUUGGGGGGGAGCACGAGCGCAGUGGACAGAAGUAGACAAGGGUAGCCAUGGCUGCUGCGGACAGGUCUGACACAUCGCAGGUGGACGGGGAGUGUUAGG